AAACUCCGCAACCCGUGCAUGUUAUAGUGGAAGCUACUCCUACACCUACUUCUCGUUCUCCUGGACCCAGGGGAGCUGGAGGAAUUUUGAUUUCCUCGUCAGCUGAUCCUUAGUUAUCAUCAACAUUUUUCUACAGAAAACUCAUAUUCAAAACCAUGCGGAGCCAGACACGAGGGAAGUCGUGUACUACAGCGCUUUGUUGUAAAAAGAAUUUUAAUACGACGUACUAGUCGGAGCGCGAGCGUGUGUGCUUCAAGAGGAAUUUUUGCAGACGUUCUUUAUCGAGAUGAAAGACAAAGAGAAGUUUGAAAAUCACGCCCAUCAGUUUAAUUAUAGCAGGGUGCGGCUUUUUUUUGUGACCAUCACCAUCCCAGAGCAGCACUUUUGAAGAUUGUUGUGCGACGACUGACGAGCAGACUGCGAUGGAUUGUCGGAAUCCGCGCACGUGGGUGAUCGGGCACCAACUGACGCCGAAGCAAAUGCGAAACUGUCAUGAGUUGACAACGAAAGAGAGACACCAGGCUUCCGAGCCCCAGCCAGUGGCGGAGCGUCAGCAGGGAGUGCUCACCAAUAUCCAUUGAGAUGAAGACAGUGCCGGCGAUGACGUGUUUCUUCCUUUUAUUUGCUGUUGCCUUUCAGUCAUCUCCGUUUCGCAAUCGCAUGAUGCGAAACCGAACGAGUGGAACAAGUUUUGAACACUUUGGCCAUAAAUUAAGUAAUGAAAAACUACCACAGGAGAUGUCUGCGUAGUAGCUGUCUUUGUCUUGUGAGACCACCUCCACACACACUUGAACACGUGUGGCGUAAUCUAUCCAAGGAAGAAUCGGCAUCGUCAGCGCUUCGUCUUUUUGCUCUGAUAUCAGCCAGCAGCAGCCCAAGGACAUCGCAGAGCAGCAAGAUAGAACACUCUACCGCGGCCCCUCCGGAGAGAGCGAGCGGACUGCCGUCUUAUCGCUUGCCAGUGAAGAAAAAUAUCAAGAAUGGCAACGCCAUUUCCGGAUCGGAGAAUCAGAAGCCUCAGCACGAAGGGGAACUCCCGACAGGCACAUCGUCUACAACCAACAUUGGUUCGGGUAAGACCCGCAGGCCGUCUCCUCUGCUUUCGGAACGGGCUGGAGAGGGGGAAGCGGGUUCUGAUUUGCCUUCGUUCUUGCAGCCCGUGAUUUGAGUUCUUCUCUGGCGCCGUUCUUUCGAUCAGCUGCUACCCAACAGGCAAAAUCUCAUCAGUCUGUUGAUCAAAGACGAAACCAGAUUCAUUGCAAAUGAAGUGCGCCACCUUCGGUGCUGUCAGGAAAAAAAAAGUGUGUACGUUCCACGCCAUCUCUAUUCCACACCAUCCAUUUUGCUUUAUUUUUUGCUUUGCCAGUAUUUCUAUUUGUAUUGUUGCUAAUGCUAUGCCUUACCCUUACCACCCCAGCGCUCUCCGCGCCAACGAAAGAAACAAGUCCCCCAGUUGAAGUAAAAUUGGGCUCUCACGCAGUACCGUCAGCUUCAGCUAUUCGCGUUUGACAACAUUUUGCUCAUCCUGAACAUUGACGAAAAAA